AUGGCUGCGCUCCCACCGGAAACGACGGACGUAUCCAGACCAUUCACCAACACUGGCGUGGAUUUUACGGGCCCGUUUGAGAUUAAAAAUUACACUGGCCGAGCAUGUCUCAUCACUAAAGGAUACGUUUGCUUCUUUUUAUGCUUUGCUACAAAGGCAAUACACCUAGAGGCAACUAGCGAUCUAUCGACAUCAACAUUCUUGGGUGCUUUUGCCAGGUUUGUGGCAAGACGUGGCUGUCCGCGUGCCAUGUACUCGGACAAUGGCACGAGCUUUGUCGGAGCAAACAUAGCCUUAAGACAUGACUUUAAAAAAUUCACAACCGAAGCCUCACACCUAACAAUGCAAUCAAAUCUUCAUCACGAAGUCAACUGGCACUUCAUACCACCAGGAGCUCCUCACAUGGGAAGACUAUGGGAAGCAGGAGUGAAGAGCUUCAAAACCCAUUUUCGAAAGGUAGCAAAUGCGACGUGUUUUACGAUGGAAGAAUUAUCGACUUUACUGGCCAAAAUGGAAGCAUGUCUUAACUCACGUCCGAUAAGUCCAAUUUCAGAUAAUCCUGAAUCGCUUGAGCCUCAAACCCCGAGACAUUUUUUAAUUGGAAGUCCGCUGCUCGCGAUCGCUUAA